AUGCCGACCACCGCACCGCCGGGACCAGCCGCUACCAGCAGACGGCCAUCUUGGGCCGUUGAAACUCGGCCGUCAACGGCCGCCGCCGCACCGCCGACAACACCAGCCGCCGCACGACGGCCACUACCAGCCGCUGCACGGCCGCCACCAGCCGUAGCACGGCCGCCACCAGCAGCUACCAGGCCGCCACCAGCAGCUACCAGGCCACCGCCAGCAGCUACCAGGCCACCACCACCCGCCGCCGCACCACCUGCGCCACCAGCAGGAAGGGCACCGGAUCCGCCACCUUUCAUGGUGGAAUUCGCGCCAAAGGAAUUCGCGGCGAUUCCUUACUGGUCCGUUGUAGUCUAG